AUGCAGAAUACAAAACGACUGUAUAUAGCGCGGAAGAACGUUCUCACAGUACUGCAGUAUGGCAAAGUGAUGCCGUUCAACUGGAACACAUCGGGGUUCAGGUGUUUCUACUGCGGAAAGUUCAUGAGGGACUGCGUAGCGCUUCGAGAGCACACUGAAUCGAAACACAGCUCUGUAGACAUGGAAAACUGUUUGCCAAAGAGGAUAAUUUCAAAAGAUGUCCCCGUAAAGAUAGACGUGACAGAUAUAGCUUGCAAAUUUUGUCCAAACACCGAUCUGAAUACUCUUGAAGAUCUGAUAUCGCAUAUAACCUCAAUUCACAAGGAAGAAUACGACGAUACAGCAGGAGUCUGUAUAUUUCCGUUCUGUCUUAAAAGAGACAUCAUGAAUUGCGUUCUUUGUGAGAGCGUUUUUGACAAUUUCACAUCUUUGAUGAGACACAUGAACAAAGAGCAUAUCGCUCAUGGGUAUAUCUGUCAAAUUUGCGGGUUAAGCUUCGUUGAUAGUAUACGUCUCAAACGCCACAUCACGUACAGCCACGUAGGCCACCGUUGCACCUUAUGUGGUAAACUAUUCGAGGCCUCUCACAAAUUGGAGUGGCACAGACAAAGGAUUCACGGUCAGGUCAAAACCCACGAAUGUAAUCUCUGCAGCGAAACGUUUGAUAAUAAAUACCAGGUCAAAGUGCAUAUGGGGAAGGUGCAUAAUGUCGAGAAAUACAGGAUCAAGUGUGAAUACUGCCCGAAGAUUUGCACGACCAAAGGAGCGAUGGUAUUGCAUGUACAAUCCCUACAUUCGGAGGUACGGUACGAAUGUGAUAUCUGUGAAUACAAGACUGCUAUCAAAUGGAUGAUAAAGCUUCACAGAAGGAAACACUUUGGGGAGAAGAACUACGCGUGUAGCAUAUGUCAGAGGAAGUUUGGGAGGUCGAGUAACUUGCGUGCUCACAUGAAAGUACACACAGGCCAGAACGGUCGCGUGUGCAGGCGUUGCCAUCAAGGAUUUACCGAUUUUGAGUCUUUGAGUAAACAUGAAUUAGAGCUACAUUAUUUUGAACAAGUGUAG